UCUCAUUUUGAUGGGAAUCAAUCUCAUCCUCCAAUUAAAUUUACGGCUAGAAUGGGUUUCAAUAUAUCUAAAAAAGUGCUCGUAGAUGGUAUUAAUGAGUUUUCCGUGCAAAUAAAAGAAAACAUCCUACUCAUUCUUCAAGCUGUCACCAGUCCUGUGCUUUGAGUUUGUGUUCGAUUUUAGAUUUUUGUCCUGUUCUUUUUUAUGGAAGCUAUAGUGGCCUCUCUCGGGGACGCGGUCGUCUCUGCUUUAUUUCGGUCGCUGGUGGACCUGACCUCCUCGGCCCACUUUAUAAAAUUUGCCGGCAGAAAGAAAAUUUUAUCCGAACUCAAGAAGUGGGAAACGAUGCUGCUCAAUAUCAAUGCGUCAAUCGAAGAUGCAGAAGAAAAGCAAACCACAAGCCAGUCAGUGAAACUGUGGCUGACGGUUUUAAGAGACAUUGCGUAUGACGCUGAAGAUAUCAUCGAUGAGCUUGCCACUGAGGCUCAGCACCGCCAAAUGAAGGAAGACCCGGACCCCUCUUCGGCCGCCCGCGAGGUAAGGCGAUAUAUUUCAACUUGCUGCCUUAGUUUUAAUCCUUCAACUGUUAAGUUUAGCACCAAAAUGGAAUCCAAAAUAAAGAAGCUUACUGCUAGACUGGAAGAGGCUGUUGCUAUGAAGGAUGAUUUGAGCUUAGUUGAAAAUGAUAGAGGGAGGUAUGAAAGAAUGAGAGAGAGACUAAGGACCAGUUCUCUUGUUGAUGACUCUCGUGUCUACGGGAGGGAAGGAGAUAAAGAGGCCAUUCUUGAUUUGCUGAUGAAAGAUAGUGAUGAUGGCGUUGGUGUGGUUUCCAUUGUGGGAAUGGGAGGAGUGGGUAAAACCACUCUGGCUCAGUUAGUGUACAAUGAUGCCAAAGUUGAAAGAUUUUUUGAUCUGAGAGUCUGGGUUUGUGUCUCUGAGGAAUUUGAUGUUGUUAGGGUGACGACCACAGUGCUUCAGGCUGUUACUUUGGAGAGUUGCAAUUUAAACGAUCUAAAUUUGCUACAAGUAAGCCUAAAGGAGAAGCUGUUUGGGAAGAAAUUUUUUAUUGUUUUAGAUGAUGUUUGGAAUGAGAACUAUGAGCAAUGGGAAAUUCUAUGUAGGCCCUUCAUUGCAGGGGCAGCUGGAAGUAAAAUUCUUGUGACUACUCGAAAUGAAGGUGUUGCAUCGAUCAUGGCUACUUGUGGGACAUAUCAUUUAAAGGAAUUGACAGACGAUGAUUGUCUCUCAUUGUUCACUCGGCAUGCUCUUGGAACUUUAGAUUUUGAAGGACACCCAAACCUAAAAAAAAUUGGUGAGGAAAUAGUGAGGAAGUGCAAAGGCUUGCCAUUGGCGGCUAAGACCCUAGGAGGACUCCUGCGUACUAAAGGGAACCGUGAUGAGUGGGAAGACAUAUUGAAGAGCAAGAUGUGGGAUUUUCCAGAAGAAAGAAGUGGCAUUCUUCCAGCUCUGAGAUUGAGCUACCAUCACCUUCCUUUCCAUUUGAAGCGUUGCUUUUCUUAUUGUGCUAUUUUUCCAAAGGAUUAUGAAUUUGACAAGGAUGAGUUGGUUCUGUUGUGGAUGGCAGAGGGUUUCUUGCACCAGACAAAAGAAAAGAAACAAAUGAAGGACAUAGGAGUUGAGUAUUUUCAUGACUUACGGUCCAGAUCUUUUUUCCAACAGUCAACUAGUAACAAAUCGCACUAUGUGAUGCAUGACCUCAUAAAUGACCUGGCUCAAUUUGUUUCCCGGGAAACAUGCUUCAAUUUUGAUGGAGAGAAAUUAUAUUCAAGGGUUGAAAAGUUUCGUCACUUAUCAUUCCUUCGUCACCAAUAUGACAUUUCAAAGAGAUUUGAAAUCUUGUAUCAAAUGAAAUGUUUAAGAACUUUCUUAGCAUUACCAAUUCAUACAUUGCCUUGGGCAACAAAUUCCUAUAUAAGUAAUAAUGUCUUACAAGAGCUGCUGCCAAGGUUAACCUACUUAAGAGUGUUGUGUCUGAGUGGUUAUUGCAUUGUUGAGCUACCGCAUCACAUUGGCAGUUUGAUACAUCUACGGUAUCUUAAUUUAUCUCACACCAGAAUCAAAUCAUUGCCUGAUUCCGUGGGUUCUCUUUUCAACUUACAGACAUUGAUACUGCAUGGGUGCAAAAACCUUAUUAAGUUGCCUCAAGCUAUUGAAAAUCUGAUUAAUCUUCAUGUUCUUGAUCUUACUGAUACUGAUAAUUUCACAGAGAUGCCAAUGCAUAUAGGUAACCUGAAAAAUCUUCAAAUUUUGUCCAAAUUCAUUGUGCAAAGGGACCGGAGGCCUGGCAUUGGAGAACUGAAGGGCUUGUUGCAUUUGCGAAAGGAGCUUUCCAUUCUUGGGCUGGAAAAUGUGGUUGAUGCUCGAGACGCUAUGGAUUAUAUUCUGAAGGAUAAGCAGGGGCUUGACGGGUUAGAUUUGCAAUGGAGUCAUGAAUUCCUUGAUCAUGGAAAUGGUGAAGAUGGAAUGCCUGUUUUCAACAUGCUACAACCUCAUGAAAAUCUUAAAAAACUUAGAAUUGUGUUUUAUGGCGGCAGAAAAUUUCCAUCUUGGUUAGGUGGCUCCUCAUGGGCUAAUAUUGUGGAUAUAAGCCUCUCUAACUGUAGAAACGUUAUGUUCCUUCCAGAACUUGGGAGACUACCCUCGCUCAAGAAGUUGUCAAUAGAUGGCAUGAAUGGAGUCAAAGAAUUGGCUUUUGGGUUUUUUGGAGAUAGUUUACCUUUCUCGAAGCCUUUUCCAGUUUUGGAAGUUCUACAGUUUCAGAAUAUGUUGAAUUGGAAAUAUUGGUAUUAUCCUAACAAAGCUAAUAAAGAAGAUGGAGAAUUCCCUAGUCUACGAGAGCUUAUGAUUCAUAAUUGUCCAAAGUUGUAUCAGAAGUUACCCAGAUACCUGCCUUCUCUGGUGAAACUUAUAAUUAAAGGAUGCCCGAAAAUGGCUAAUUCAGUUAUGAGCCUUCCAUCUCUUCUUGAACUAAAUAUUGAAGAUUGCAGUAAAAUGGUUCCAAGGAGCAUGGUUGACCUUACCUCUCUAACUACACUGAGAAUCAGGAGUCUAUCAGACCUUACAUGUCUUCCAGAUGGGUUUCAACAGUUUCCAGGAGCACUUAAGCAUCUUGUCCUUUUCAAUUGCACCGGAUUGACAUCCUUGUGGCAGAAGGGUACUGAAUUUGAGAAUAUUGUUUCUAUCCAGCAUGCAGAAAUUAAUGGCUGUUCUCAAUCUUUCUCACUGGGAGGAAAUGAAAAAGGUCUAGUGCCUAAUGGGCUGUAUUGCCUCAUGUCUCUUGAGCAUUUGCAUAUUGAAUCAUGCCCAAAAUUUGUAUCCUUUUUGGAGACAGGUUUCUUCGCCACACUUAGGCAUCUGCAGCUCAGAGAUUGUCCAGUGCUUAAGAACCUGCCCAGUUGGAUAAUGAGACAUUCUGAAUUUACCAGCUGUCUUCUUGAAGACUUGGAAAUUGAAGAAUGUCCUUCUCUCAAAUGCUUUCCAAGAGGGAGCUUACCUCCUUCAUUGAAAAGGUUAAAAAUCCAAGGUUGCAUUGGCCUACAUUCUCUACCUGAGGGACUUAUGCAGGCUGAUAACAACAAAUCUGCAUCUUAUCUUGAGAAUUUGGAGAUCAUUGGUUGCCCAUCGCUCGUUUACUUUCCAGAAGGCAAAUUACCAACUAGCCUUAAAAUGCUUAAGAUUUGGGAUUGCUUGAAGCUGGAGCCCCUUUCAGAUAGGAUGCUGCCCAAUAAUGCAUCACUUGAAUGCAUAGGUAUCUGGAACUGUGCAACUCUAAUAAGCUUGCCAAAGUCUCUACAGAACCUCACGUGUCUGGUAGAAUUAAAUAUAAGCAAUUGUCAAGAUCUGAAAUACUUCCCAGAAAUAGGUUUGCCUCUUCCCAACCUGAGAACUUUGGAUAUCUGCACUUGUGUCUAUCUCAAUUCUCUACCUGAUCAGAUGCUAAAUCUCACUUCUCUUCAAUAUUUAACAAUUUGUGACUGUCCAUGUCUUGUUUCCUUUCCUAGAGGGGGUUUGCCUCCUAAUUUAUUGUCACUUGAGAUCUGGGAUUGUAAAGAACUCAAGGAACCUGUGUCAAAAUGGAACUUACACACUUUAACCUCUCUUAGAGACUUCAGCAUUGCUGGUGGACCAGAGAUGGUUUCCUUUCCAGAUGAAAGGUGUCUGCUUCCCACAACUCUAGUUUCAGUAUAUAUUGCAAGACUCCAUAAUCUAGAAUCCCUGUCUUCUGGGCUUCAAAAUCUGUCCUUGCUUGAAGAGCUAGAGAUUGUCGAGUGUCCUAAGCUUCGAUGCUUACCAAGGAAAGGGUUGCCUGCAACACUUGGAAGACUUUGUAUCAGGAACUGUUCACUUCUAGAAAACCAAUGUUCACGAGAGAAAGGAGAAUAUUGGCCCUUGAUAGCCGGCAUCCCCUGUGUAGAGAUAGAACCUGCAGAUAUUUAGGGCUUUGGCAGAUCAGCUUUUGUUUUCUUUGGGAAACUGCAAAGGGACGCCAUCACAUAGAUGUUUUUUCUUUGAUGGAAAAGGAUAAGAAGCAUGUUAUACCGAAAAUUGUUCCAGCCAUCCAUGCAGUCAACUGAGUUAUUCCGGCUACACGCCUAACUGGUUUCAUGGAUCAUUUUCUAAAAUUUUCAGUGGGAAUGGAGGUUGUGAUUGUGCUCAUUAUUUAACCAUUGAUAGCAACCUCAGGAGAAAGUUAGACUGCUGAUGUGUACGGGUUUUAGUUUUGGAUCUGGUGCAGAGAAAAGUCAACAAGGUUUCCCUCCCAUAUACUGUUAGGGCUCUAGUUGUGUCUACAGGAGUUGGAGUUUGUCUCACGUAACUUAAUUAUUAUUAUUAUUAUUAUUGCAUGUUUUGUGUAUCUUAAUUACUUGUACAUAUUAUAUCUGGUUAGAAUUAAAGAUUUACCCUAUAUUGACCCGUGACUGACAGCUACAGUUUGCUUAUAAACGAGGAUUGUAUUGUGGAAUGUGGAUAUUUGACCCACAGUUUGAUUGUCUUGUAUAUUAAGCGGGUCAAGGUGACCUUUGACUAAAUUGGAUCAAUGUCACCACUCCACUCAAUUUUUAUGUACCAAUUGUUAAUUUGUCAUUUUAAAAAAAUUGGGUAGCAUGAUUUAACUUUACAGAGCAUGCUGUCCUUCUGAAGGUGCAGGCCCCUUUAAAGUUAUUGCAGCAAGUUGGAAAUAAAGAGUUGUCUGUCUGUUGAUAGUAUGGCUUAGAUUGAUGAAAGAAUCCGUCUUGAUUAUUAAAAGAUUGCUCCUCUUAACUCUUUUCCUUCUUACAGGUUUUUCAGUUAAAAUUAUGAUCAGUCCUUGUCCCACUUGAUUAGGACCCUGUGGUAUCUCUUACAUAUUUGAGACUCAUCUUUGUAGUGGUAUAGUUAGGUUUCCAUGAGGAACAGACUUAUAGCCAGACUGGCAUGGUUUUGUUUAGGAUUCUUGCACUUUUCUCCGCCCAAGUUUUACAAGUUGAUAGCGUGACAGCAUUCUGUACAGUUUCUUUAGAAUCUAGGGGUCAUAUUUUCUAUGUAGGUUUUAAAAAACGAUCUGGGAAAGCUUUAAAUCAAUGUUUUGCCUGGAGCUUAUCUGCUUGGCUAGUUCGAUUAUGAACGACUAAGAUCUGGCAGGGAAGUGGAUUAUGCAUGUAUUGAGUAUGGUACUAUCACGUUCCAAUAUUAAGACGU